AUGGUUUCCUCGAGCCCGCUGGUGAAAAAACAACCGUCCCGUCCGGUGUAUCACUGUGACAAGUGUACCAAGACCUACAACCGACCGUGUCUCCUCGAACAGCAUCAGCGUUCCCACACCGGCGAGCGCCCGUUCCAAUGCACUCAGUGUGAUAAGCUGUUUCUUCGCAAAUCCCACUUGACGGCCCAUCUCGUCUCCCACUCAUCCGAGGAAGAAAAACCGUUCAAAUGUAAGGUGUGUGGCAAAGGGGUAAACUCAGCUCAGCAUUUAAAGCGUCACGAGGUCACCCACACCAAGUCGUUUCAAUGCCCUCAUUGCGAAGAGACGUUCUACAAGCAUCAACUGAUGCGCCACCAUAUCCGUCGGGAACACGAAAAACCGCUACAGUGUAAGGACUGUGGCAAGCAGUUUUCCCGGCCAAACCGUCUCACGGCUCACCAACAAAAAUACCAUGGCGAACACCCUACCUACCAGUGCGACCACCCCGGUUGUUUCAAAACACUACAGACAUGGUCGGCCCUCCAACUCCAUGUCAAAGAUGAUCAUCCUAAAUUGAUUUGUCCCAUUUGUGGCCGUGGGUGUGUCGGUCAACGUGGGCUCGACAACCAUAUGCUUUGUCAUGGUGACGACUCGAUUAAACUUUGGAAAUGUAAUUAUUGCGUCGCCGAGUAUCCAAAGAAAGCUCAUCUCAUCGAUCACUACGAUGACGUUCAUGAUGGUAAUAUCCCUGAAGAGCUUCUCAAACCCAAGGAGAAGGUGAGACUUCAGGCGCUCUUGAGUGAGUCUACCAUAUCGGGUCUUCCUGAACGCACUUACGAUAGCGAGGCAUCUACUCCGCCUACUGGCUCGGUGAGAUCGGAUCGAUCGCUUCUGAAGUUUAAUAAUACCGUGGGAAAGACUGACUUGAAGAGAUUUAUGACUGAUAAUUAUAUCAGCCAUCGGUACUUCUGUCCUCGUCCUAAAUGUGAUCGUACGUUUGCUCGUGAAUACGAUCUUAGACGUCAUGUCUUAUGGCAUGAGGAGCAAUUAAUUAAGAUUAACGCGUUUUUGGAAGGAUUGGAGGCUGAAGAACGGGCUGCAAAAGAAAAAGAACUAGAGGAAAACGGUAACUUGGAUGCUGAUAUUGGUGGAGACUCGUCCGAUGAUGACGACUUCGAUGAUUCUAGCAACGCCGGUGUCAGCACUAAUGGUGAUCACGACGAUGGCAGUGAAGACGAUGAUGAUGAUGUCGUUGCGGCACCGCGAGGCAAACGAAGGAAUGGUGCUGUCAACUUCUCCGGUUCUGAAUCUGGAUCUUCAACUAAACGUUUCAAGAUUGAGUCUUCCGUUGAUCAGGAAUCCGCUUGUGAGAGUGAUGAGGAGGAUGCCGAGCUUGACGCAAUGAUCGAUAAUGAGCUCAAACAAAUGACCGCAGGCUCGGUUACAAGCUCGGUUCCCCCAGAAGAUGAUGACCAUUCUAGCGGUGGAGACUCUCCAAUCAUCAUCAAGGUUGAAGAGAUAGAGGGUAAUUAG